AUGGAUUUGGGAUCCUCCACCCGCAAUGCCGAGAACGACAGCGGUGGUGUGGGAUCUGCAGCAUUGGAACGAGAUGGCAGCAGUGAACCGAGACUGCGAGAAAGGAGCAGCACGGGUGGUAGUGCCCAUGUCUUACCAGCCGAGGACCAACGCCAUCAGCAAGGAGGUUGGAGCCAGAUUGGCGAAAGUCUCGCGGCCACCGGCAGCGGCCGACGUAGAAACGGCAGCACCGAAGGCGGCAAGCUUUCCGCCGACGGUACUACUGUUCGAAGCGAGCGCGAAGAGCAACAGCAGCAACGCCCACGACACUCAUCCCCCGCGUCAAACAAGUCCAGCAACACCCCCACAGCCAACAAGCUACACCACCACCAGCACCAUCUCCAGCAGCCCAAACCACCAGGGGCGGGGACCGUCGAGUUUGCGACCCCGUCGCGGGUGCCGUCCGAACGCUCGCCCGUGGACUUCUUCGACAACCCUUCGUCGGGGGGCAUCGCUUCCGCGGCCGUUGCUGCUCUCAGUGGCGGAGGUAGUAGCGGUGGCGGUGGUAGCCGGAGCAGCGCCCCGUCCACCCCACCAGGCGGGCUCCCUUCCACUAGAUCUUCCCUGAUCAACGCUGGUACAAAGGCGCGAGGGGCUGGCCGGGCGUCCUCUUCGGUUAGCUCGACGAGGAGUAUAUCUCCCGGCAGGCGUAACGGAGGAGGAGACGGAGGGAAUGGCGGUGGCGGUGGCGGCGGCGGCGGCGGCGGUGGAGGUGGUGUUGGCGUCGGCGGGAGUAGCCCCAAAAAAGCAGCUCGGCGGUCAAAUGACAGCAGUCAAACCCUCGGGAGAAAGAGCGUGGACAGUCAGGGCGUUUCUCACAACUUCAAGGUCGUCAUUCGCGUCCGACCCCCGCUGCCGCGAGAGGUAGAGGGGGAACGCAUGUUCCAAAACAUCGUGUCGGUGGACAAGGAAGAACACGUCAUCACCAUAUCGGAGAAUUUGAACGCCAUUCUCGACGAUGAUGGGAGUGUUGUCAGUGCCGGAGGACCUUACAGCACCCAUGCUUUCACCUUCGACCACGUCUACGACGUUUCGGCUUCGCAGCGGAAGGUGUACGACACAACCGCAAUGGAGGUCGUUGACAGCAGCCUCCAGGGCUACAACGCGACGGUCUUUGCAUACGGGCAGACGGGCACCGGCAAAACGUUCACGAUGGAAGGUUUCAAGCGGGGGGCGUCGGCCGAAGACCGCGGGAUAAUUCCCCGCGCUAUCGAGCAGGUGUUCGCCCACAUACAGAGGAAUGCGUCUCCGAGGAUGAGGUUUCUGGUUCGGGCCUCCUACCUACAAAUCUACAACGAGCAGAUAUCGGACCUGCUAAAGCCGGAGAGAAACAACCUAACCAUCCGGGAGGACAAGAAGAGAGGCGUGUUUGUGGAGGGCCUGUCGGAAUGGGUGGUGAGCGAGAUGGACGCAUGUGGACAAGCCAUGCUGCUACUGUAG